GAGGUCAAUAAAGCAAAAAACAAUAGAAACAAAAAGGAAAUCCAAAAGAACAUAUUCAAAUAAAAUUAUUUUAAAAGUACGAAAAAUUUUUUUUCUAUUAGAUUCGAAAUCUGAUGCAGUGUUGUCGUCGAUUCGUAGAAACGACCAUUAAAAUUAAAAUGUAAUCAAUAGAACUGUCGGAGAAUAAUAAGAAAACAAAAAAAAAUAAUCAAAUUAAUUCAAAGUUAAGAUUAAAUUUUAUAUUUUAUUUACAAAUAAAUAUUUUAUUAUUUAAAAUUAAUAAAGAAAAUGUGAAACGAAAACAUUCAAAUGAUGAUAAAAGCUUAAGAAAAAAAGUAAUACGAAAAUAAAAUUGCAAGUGAUUGUUAUACAGUUAUGAAUAAUAAAAAUUUAAACAGUACUCUUUUAUUGAAAUUGAAUUCACAAAAUUAAAUAAAACUUUAAUUACGAAACAAAACAAAAAAAAUUAAAUAAAAAUUGUUUAAUUAAAUUAAAAAUAAUGUGCUUGUAGGUAAAAUUAAAAAAAAAAGAAAACUAAUUUUUGCAUGCCCUCUAACCUCGCCAUGCAACUAUCGGUUGACCAACCGCAUGCUUAAAAUAUUUCUGAAAAUUAUACAAAGUAAUUUUAUACAUUGACAAUUAAUUAAAAUCUUUACUUCGUGUGUUGUAAAUUUUUAUUUUAUUACUUUUUUUAUUUUUUUUAAUAAAACUUCAAUUAUUAUUUUCAAAUAUGGAAAUAUCAAAUAAAAUAAAAUUCUUGGUGAUUUCAACAUUGGUGCUUUUCAUAGGUUCUUGUAAUGGAUCGCAUUCGAAAGAACAGUUUGAAUCCACAGAUAAAUUAUUUCAAAUAAAUGAUAAUGUACUAAAUUCAAAAAUUACAUUUGAUGAUGAAAAAGUGACAUUGCCAACCGAUUUAUUAGAAAAUAGCGAUGUAUCAACCACCAUUAUUCCUACCGAAAUUACAACAAAAGCCAAUUCAUUGCUAAUAAAAAAAAUUAUAGAAAAUGUUGAAGCUACUACGAUACGCGAUGAUAGAUCACAAGUAAACAAUCAGACUUUCAAUAAUUCGGAAAAAAGUGAAGAAAAUAUUGAAACAGCAAAGGAACAAGGUGUCGAAGUAACAACUGAAACGCAUAUUGUAGACGCAUUAAUAUCACCAGGAAUUCCUGGUUCUACCUUAAAUGAAAAAAGUUUAGAUGAAGUUAGAUAUAGUAAUAAAAGUGCAUUGAAUGAAGUUGUGAAUGGUACAAAUUCAGAGGAAAAUUCUUUAAGUUCAUCUAAAAAUUUAAUAGAUUCAAGACCCAAAGAACACAUUGAAAUUCAAAAAAUAACAACUGGCGAAGAUUUAGAAGAAAGUAUUAAGAAAUCUGUGCGCGAUGAAAUAUUGAUAGAGAAUCCAAUCGAUCAAAAUGCUCUUGAUGUACUAGAAAAUAUUCCAGAUCCAGAACUUAGGGAAUCAGUUGCUAGAGAUAUAUUAGGAGAUGAUUAUAUUAGACGAACUGAAUUAAAUGCCAAUAUUAAUGCCGAUGCAAUCAAUGUAAAAUAUGAAACCAUUUCACCUGACUUGGACUUGAAAGAACAAAAAAAUAAUUCGGAAGACAUUGAGUACAAAAAGUCAAAGGAAGAAAUUUUGAAUAACGUUCAACAUCAUGAAUAUGAAAAUAGAGUUUUCGAUGUAACAACUGCUGUUUCAGAAAAUGAAUCUAAGACAAUUGAUUUAGAAAAAAAUUUAACAGACGAAAAUAAUUCAGUUUAUACAACAAGUGUUGCUCCAGAAAUUGAUUACAAAACUGAAACUAAAAACGAAGUAACGGAAUCUACUUUUGAAACUACUACAACAUCAAAAGAAUUAAAUGUAGCAGAUAGAGUUGAACUUCAGGAAAAGCAAAAUAAAAUGGACAAGGUCAUAUUAAAUAUGCCAGAAAGGGGGGGCAGAGCCAUGAUUUUUAGUAAUUCUAUAAUUAAUCAUGAUUUAAUUGAUAACACUUUAAAUAAUUACAUGUCAACUCUUGCACCUACGGAAUUUGUCACUGAUUUGCCCACAACUGAAGUUAUAAGUAGUUUAUUUGAAAAUCAAAAUGAGGAAAAAACGAUUGAAACAGUCGACAAUUCUGGAAAAAUAACAGAAUAUCACAGUUCAGAAAAUGAAAUUGAAAAUAGUGUUUACGUCAAACCGUUUCUAAAUUAUAAAGACGAAUCUGCCGAAUUGGUUCAGCAACAUAAAGUUUUCACUACUCUUUCGCCAAUAAAACAAGACAAGCCGGAAAUUUCUGUGCAAGAAGGAGAAAUAAAGUAUGGUUUUACAACUGAAAUACCCAAAGCUGAAGAAGGUGAUCAAAUUUAUUUUACUACUGAAUCAUUAAAUGUAAAUGAUCUAAAUAAUGACCAACAUCACACUCUAAAAAAUUUUACUAGCAAAGAAGAUGAAUAUUACAAUAAAGCUUCUACAUCGACUGAAGAAUCGGAGAUUGAAAAUACUAGUACCAUGUCUCAGGAAGGAAAUGAAUCUGUAUAUGUAGAUCAUGCAACGAUUAAUAUCAAACCAAAAGAAAUUUCAGAUAGCUCCGAUUCUGAUUCGUCAGAGGAAAUUGAAAAUGUUAAGAAAGAUAAAUCAUCGACUAAAAAGUCGAAGAAGAAAGAUGACAAGUCGUCUAGUGCUUCAGAUUCUUCUAGCGAAGAAUCUGAAAGUGUGGAAAAAUUUGGUGAAUAUGAAAAUAAAAAUUCUAAAACUAAUUCCAAGGCAAAAGGUAGAUCAUUUCCAUUAAAUAGCACACCCCAAUUAGUAGAAACUGGCAUUGAACUAUUCACACCUGUUCCGGAAGAUUCAGUUUCCGAAAGCUCAGAUUCAAAGGAAGAACAUAUAAUCAUGAAAAAACCAAGUGCCAAAUCAGAAGAUGAAAAUACUGUUAUGCCCAUUAUUGCUAACAUAAAAACAACAGAAAAUCCUAAAUUGAAUUUAUUAAACCCCCGUUUAAAAUUUCUAUUAAUACCAGAUGAAACAAAAAAAAUUCCACAACUAACUUUCGAGACAACUACACUUUUGCCCUUAAAAAUUUUUAAAUCUCACCCAUUACAACCUGUUGUCACUGAUGAUAUUCCAAACGAAACAAAUUUUGCACCAAGAACCCUAGAUGAAAUAAUUCCAUCUCAACAAAAGGAACAACAACCUGCAUAUGAAAAUGAAAUUAAUCAAAUUUUAGAAACUGAGAGCACUACUAAAUUAAUUGGCGAAACAUUUACAGAAGCUGUUGAAUUAAGUAAAGAAAUAAAUCGUAAUAUGAAUUUAUUUCUUGACCCUUUUGAAACGAAUCGUUCGAUUUCUACUCUUAGUAGUGAGAAUCAUUCUACUUCAAGUGAUGAAAUUAUGGCAGCAUCAAGUAUUGCUGAAGCUUUACCAAAUCAAGAUAUAAAAUCAAUAGAAAGUUCAAUGAAUCCAACUUUAGUUGUAUUAAUAUGUGUCAGCAUUGUUAUCAUGAUUAUUGCUGUUUUAGUUGUAACAUUUUUCAGAUUUCGUACACCACAAGGUGUUUUAGAUAUUGAAAUGCAAGAGCAACGUAAUGGUAAAAAUUAUAAUAACGAUCAUGAUGACGAAACAAUUAAUGAAAAGGAUUAUAAUUGCUGUACAACAGCUAGAUCAUCAUCUACAUCAGGUAUUGAAGAUACAUCUGCAUCAUGUUCCUUAGUAACAACAUCUUCAAUAACAUCAAGAAAUAAAACAUCAUCACCUAUAUCAGCAUCAUCUGCAUCAAAAUCAUCGGUAGUUAAAAGAUCGAUAUCAGAUAGUAGAUCAAAUAAUUUAUCAGCACAAUCAGUUAGUCUAUUAUCAGAGGAAUUAAAUGAUAAAGAAUAUGAAAAACAACAUCAAAAAACGAUACCAGCCGAAAUGUGUAAAUUAAUACCAAAAUUACAAAUAAAUGGAGAUAAUAAUUUUGAUGACGACGAUGAGAACUUAUAAUAGAAAUCAUUUUUUUCCUUUUAUUAAAAAAACAUUAUUUUAAUGUGCCAAUAAUAACUGAUAUAAUUUGCGAUAUAUUUAUAAUUAUAACACUAGUUUAUAUAAGAAAAAAUAAUAAAUUUAAUAUUAAAACUUAAAUAUCAAAGAUAAAAAGAGACAAAGCAAUUACAGAUAAGCAAUAAAAUAAAAAAAACACUGUUUUCUAAUUACGCGUAAGCGAUUUUUAAUCAGAUUUAAUAGAACCUUUAUUAAAAGUAAAAGAAAUAAUUUUUUGAUUACUUUUUAAAAAACAAAAAAAAUUCAAUUUUUAUUUAAAUGUUUUAAUUUUUGUUUUUUGCUCUUGGUACGAUAGAAAUUAUACAUCAGAGCAUAAAUGAUAAAUGAAAAAAAUAGAAGGAAACAAUUGAAUCAUUAAAACGAACAAAAUAAUAGGAGAAAAUUUAAUGCCAGUUUUGAAAAACUGUUUUAUUCUGAAAUCAGUAUAAGCACAAAUUUUAUUGAAUUUCAAUAAAAAUACCCCA